AUGGCUUGCUUACAACAUAUGUCCGAACAUGAUGCCUCAUUCCUUGAGUGUAUACGUUAUUUUGAAAAUAUAUCUACAGCAGAUCCGUUUGUACUUUCUUUACCACCUAAUACUAAAGGUGAUGAUAACCUUGGUUUGGAUAGUGAUAACAAAGAUAAUAGCCCUGAUAAAAAGGGUAAUGGAGACGAUGAUGAGUUUCUUAAAAACAUGAAAAAUUACAAUCGCAGUCAAAUUUCUUUUGGUAAUUUAUUGGGAGUUGGUCGAUCCGGUUCUGUUUUUGAAGCCAAGUUUUAUGAAGAAAUAGGUGCUUUUAAAAUGGUAGACUUGUAUAAAAAUGAGUAUCUAGUAACGGAAUUGUUAAAUGAAAUUAAAAUUUACCUCGGUCCUCUUAUGGAUAUUCAAGAAAUUUUCAUACCAAAGCUUAUAAAAUUUGGAGUUCUAAACGAAGCAUUUGUUUUUCUUUUUGUUUCAUUAGCUGGAAAAUCGUUUACGGAAUUAGAGAAUGAAGUCACAUUAAAAGAGAAAAAAUUGGCCAUUUUAGGUUUACAAAUGAUUCAUGAAAGAGGAGUAAAGCAUGGUGAUAUUCGAUUGGAGAAUAUAAUGAUAAAUAGAGAUGAAUUGACAGGUAAAACUUCAGUAUGGUGGAUUGAUUUUGCAUGGAGCAAAAUGGGAUGCGACGAAAAAGAUUUGAACAAGGAAUUGAUUAAAUUGAAACAUUUACUUGGUAUGUCAGAUUAA